CGCGCCACUGCACACCAGCCAGGGCGAUAGAGUGAUAAUCUGUCUCAAAUAAAUAAAUAAAAUUUUUAAAAAAAAAUUUAAAAAGAUCUUUUCAGGCCCCCUCCUCACCUGAAGUUCUCUGGCCCUAUUAAAAGACCACCAUAGUUUUUGUAGUCUCCCAGGCUCUAAAGACUUUAUCAGUCAGGAGAGCCUGUCCAGCUCUCCUUUACAAUCAUCACUACUAUGUUAAUCCAGGCUUUCAUCACCUAGUACGUGGAUUGUUCUAUUCGUCUCCUAAUUUGAGUCCCUGCCUCCAGCUCUGCUCUCUCUAAGGGGUUCCAUAUUGCUAGCCUCAAAACAUAAUCUUUAUGUUAUUGCAUCCCUCCCUGUAAUUUUCAGUAACUCUGAUCUGCAGAAUUGAAUUGGAACUCCACAAUCCGCAUCCAAUCCCCGCCUGCAUUCACGGUAUGGAAAAUUCCAGGGUGCCUAUUAGCCGGUUUGGCUUCUUCCUCCUUGCUGGAGUAUCACCUGUGUUCUUGCAGCUCCAGAGGAUAACACCCCUCCUAUGUUCCUGAACUAUUUCAGGAAGCCCCUGGCCCUGUAGUCUCACCCUCCACACACUUAACAGCCCUUAAUUCAACCAAAUUUUUGGGCCAGUUUCUGCUGGGCUGCAGUGCAACACUCACUGCCAUUUACAGCCUCGAUUGCUUUUUACGUUUUCAACUAAAUGGAUUCCACUGAGGGCUCCUGGGGCUAGGGUCGGGUCUUGUCCCCCUUCAAUACAUAGAUAAUGAGUUAGUAUUUUCCGUUUUCAGAGACUGGCCGUAGAGCCUGGCUCAAACUGCAUAGACCAGAACUUACUGGUCCAGAUCUGACCCACUGCGCAAUCACAGGGUAGGAGAGGGAGGUCCGGUUAAAACCUAUAAUCCUGUUUGUAAACGUUCUCCGUGGGUCUGUCUGGGUCUCGGGCUCGGCGCCCCCAGAGCGUGUUUUCGGCGGUGCCCUGCCAGGUCCGCGCCGCUUUUGGCCCUCCGCAGCCGCCGUGCACAGCGCCCGGCUGCGCGCGAGAGCCCUGCCAGAGGACUGGCUCCGGCCGCCGCGCUUGACCCUUGCCCGGGAUCCGACGCACAGUGGGCUGAGGGCCAUGUCAGUUUUCUGCCACCUACAGGAUAGACCAUGAAGCUGAAGGAACUUGAGCGGCCAGCUGUCCAGGCAUGGAGCCCAGCCAGCCAAUACCCUUUGUAUCUGGCCACAGGAACAUCUGCCCAACAGCUAGAUUCCUCCUUCAGCACAAAUGGCACAUUGGAAAUAUUUGAGGUUGAUUUCAGGGACCCUUCUCUGGACUUGAAACACAAAGGAGUCCUUUCUGCCUCGAGCAGGUUUCACAAGCUGAUCUGGGGGAGCUUUGGCAGUGGGCUUCUGGAAAGCUCCGGGGUUAUUGCAGGCGGCGGGGACAAUGGCAUGCUUAUUCUAUACAAUGUGACCCACAUCCUGUCUUCGGGGAAGGAGCCUGUGAUUGCCCAGAAACAGAAGCACUCGGGGGCUGUCAGAGCCCUCGACUUUAAUCCUUUCCAGGGCAACCUCUUGGCUUCAGGGGCCAGCGAUUCUGAAGUCUUCAUUUGGGAUCUGAAUAACUUGAAUGUGCCAAUGACCCUGGGAUCCAAGUCACAGCCCCCAGAGGACAUCAAGGCACUGUCUUGGAACCGGCAAGCCCAACACAUUCUGUCUUCUGCUCACCCCAGUGGCAAGGCAGUUGUGUGGGAUCUCAGGAAGAAUGAACCUAUCAUCAAAGUCAGUGAUCACAGCAAUAGGAUGCACUGCUCAGGCCUGGCCUGGCAUCCUGACAUAGCCACCCAGUUAGUGCUGUGCUCAGAGGAUGAUCGUCUUCCUGUGAUUCAGCUGUGGGACUUGCGCUUUGCCUCCUCGCCCCUGAAGGUGCUGGAGAACCACAACAGGGGGAUCUUGUCAGUGUCAUGGAGCCAGGCUGAUGCUGAACUGCUGCUCACUAGUGCUAAGGACAGCCAGAUCUUGUGCUCGAACGUGGAGAGCAGUGAGGUGGUAUAUAAGCUACCAACACAGAGCAGCUGGUGCUUUGAAGUGCAGUGGUGCCCUCGGGACCCUUCAGUGUUCUCUGCCGCCUCCUUUGACGGCUGGAUCAGUUUGUACUCUGUGAUGGGUAGGAGCUGGGAAGUCCAGCACAUGAGACUGGCUGACAAGAUCUCCUCUUCCUUCAGCAAAGGCCAGCCUCUCCCACCACUGCAGGUGCCAGAGCAAGUGGCACAAGCAUCACUGAUACCUCCCCUGAAAAAACCCCCCAAAUGGAUUAGAAGACCAACAGGUGUUUCAUUUGCUUUUGGAGGGAAGCUGGUUACUUUUGGCCUCCCCAGCACAAGGCUGGUGCCACAGCCUUGCCCCCGCCUAGUCUUCAUCAGUCAAGUCACCACAGAAUCUGAAUUCCUGAUGCGAUCAACUGAGCUGCGGGAGGCCCUGGAAUCAGGAAAUCUACUGAAUUACUGUCAGAACAAGAGCCAGCAAGCUUUACUGCAAAGUGAGAAGAUGCUGUGGCAGUUCCUGAAGGUGACCUUAGAGCAAGACUCCAGAAUGAAAUUCCUAAAGCUUUUAGGAUACAGUAAAGAUGAGCUUCAGAAGAAGGUGGCCACAUGGUUGAAGAGUGACAUGGGGCUAGGCGAGGGUCCUCAGCCCAAAGGAAAUGACCUCAACAGUGACAGACAGCAGGCCUUCUGCAGUCAGGCCUCCAAACACACCACAAAGGAAGCCUCUGCUUCCUCAGCCUUCUUUGAUGAGCUGGUACCUCAGAACAUGACUCCUUGGGAGAUCCCCAUCACAGAAGAUGUUGAUGGACUCCUAAGCCAGGCUCUCCUGCUUGGGGAACUGGGUCCGGCUGUGAAGCUGUGUCUAAAGGAGGAGCGCUUUGCUGAUGCCAUUAUCCUGGCCCAGGCCGGGGGUGCAGAUCUGCUGAAGCAAACACAGGAGUGCUACUUGGCCAAGAAGAAAACCAAAAUCUCCUCGCUUCUAGCCUGUGUUGUGCAAAAGAAUUGGAAGGAUGUGGUGUGUACCUGUAGCCUGAAGAACUGGAGAGAGGCACUGGCUUUGCUACUGACAUACUCAAGCACAGAGAAAUUCCCUGAGCUCUGUGACAUGCUGGGAACUCGCAUGGAACAGGAGGGCGGCAGGGCACUAACCUCUGAAGCCAGACUCUGUUAUGUGUGCUCAGGGAGUGUGGAGCGGCUGGUGGAGUGCUGGGCAAAAUGCCAUCAGGCUUUGUCCCCCAUGGCUCUGCAGGACCUGAUGGAGAAGGUGAUGGUUCUUAACAGGAGCUUGGAGCUACUGCAGGGUCCUCAUGGGGUGAGCCCAGGCCCUGCCACAACCUACAGGGUCACUCAGUAUGCCAACCUCCUGGCAGCCCAGGGCAGCCUAGCCACUGCCAUGAGCUUUCUACCCAGUGACUGUGCUCAGCCACCAGUUCAGCAGCUAAGAGAUCGGCUUUUUCAUGCUCAAGGUUCUGCUGUCUUGGGCCAACAGUCUCCCCCUUUCCCCUACCCCCGGAUUGUUGUGGGAGCUAUCCCCCACUCUAAAGAGACAUCUUACAGAUUGGGAUCCCAGCCUUCUCACCAGGUUCCAACUCCAUCUCCAAGGCCAAGAGUUUUCACCCCUCAGUCAUCACCAGCGAUGCCUUUGGCACCUUCCCAUCCUAGCCCUUAUCAGGGCCCCAGGAUGCAGAAUAUAAGUGACUACAGGGCAUCUGGGUCCCAGGCCAUCCAGCCUUUGCCUUUGGGCCCUGGGGUAAGGCCUGCUUCAUCUCAGCCACAGCUAUUAGGAGGGCAAAGGGUGCAAGCUCCUAACCCGGUGGGAUUCCCUGGGACAUGGCCUCUUCCUGGUUCCCCUCUACUCAUGGCAUGCCCAGACAUCACGCAACCUGGCUCUACCUCCCUGCCUGAGACUCCUAGACUGUUCCCUCUGCUUCCUCUGAGACCACCAGGUCCCAGCCACAUGGUCUCCCAUGCCCCAGCUCCUCCUGUGAGCUUCCCUGUGCCAUACCCUCCAGGGGGCCCAGUUGCCCCAUGCUCUAGUGUCCUCCCAACCACUGGCAUCUUGACUCCUCACCCAGGACCUCAAGAUUCCUGGAAAGAAGCUCCAGCCCCCAGGGGAAACCUCCAGAGGAACAAGCUGCCAGAGACAUUUAUGCCCCCAGCACCAAUUACUGCUCCAGUUAUGAGCCUCAGCCCUGAGCUUCAAGGGAUUCUUCCCUCACAGCCCCCUGUCUCCGGUGUGAGUCAUGCUCCCCCAGGAGCUCCAGGAGAACUCAGCUUGCAGCUUCAGCACCUGCCACCUGAGAAGAUGGAAAGGAAGGAGCUGCCCCCAGAGCAUCAGUCCUUGAAGAGCAGCUUUGAGGCACUUCUCCAACGUUGCUCCCUGUCUGCAACUGACUUAAAGACAAAAAGGAAGUUGGAAGAGGCAGCCCAGCGUCUGGAGUGUCUAUAUGAGAAGCUCUGUGAGGGGACACUCUCACCUCAUGUCGUGGCUGGGCUCCAUGAGGUUGCCCGAUGCGUGGAUGCAGGAAGCUUUGAGCAGGGCCUCGCAGUGCAUGCCCAGGUGGCGGGCUGCAGCAGCUUCAGCGAAGUGUCCAGCUUCAUGCCUAUCUUGAAGGCAGUCCUCAUCAUUGCUCAUAAGCUGCUGGUCUAAACCAGGCAGCCUCUCUUGCUAGGAGGCCUCUUCUGCUGUUACUUAACUCCUACCUGCAGAAGAGGGGACUUUUGCAACAGAUUCUGUUUGUUUUUCCCAACUCUCUUCCUUGCUGCCAGGUAUGUGAUGCUGUAGGCUUGACUCCAAACCAGCUGAGUGCCUGCUUUUUACUCCUUUAUGCCUGGCCUUCCAGGAUCUGUCCAAGACACUCUCAGGCCUGGAGGCAGGGCAUAGAGUCAGUUCUUCACUCUCCCUAAUACUACACUCUGUAAGGACCUGGGGCAGAAUAUCUUCUCCCCCAGGGAUCUUCUGUUUACGUGGCUUCUGAGAGGGUGAACAGGAUUGUUACUUUUAAGUCUACCUCUGCUGUGACCCAUCAUGUGGGUCUUUUGUUUCUCCCUUCUGUGGUUUAUGAGCCUGCCCUUACCUUUUCCCUGUCUCUGACUUCAUAUUUCCAGGUCUGUAUUUCUCUGUAGCCCAGGGUAUGGGGUAGAGCUGACUGCUGUUCACCCUUUGAACAAGUCAUGGAUGUGAGGGAUGGGUGCUGAGGAGAACCAAGAGAGGAAACUUUGGCGCUGUUAAAAUGGAAUUUCUCAUGUGCCAGCAUUAUUAAGGGUGGGCUAGGUUGGAUGGAAGGUGAAAGGGGUGAACUGCCUUUUGCUGGAAGCUGUCUUAGGCUGUGAGAUAGGAGCAGGGGAACCACAGCCUAUGGGGAACUGCCCUUGACUAUGUUGGAGCCUUAGCCCAAGGCCAUUCCUUCUGUGAUGAUAAAGCCCAUUUCUGUAUUCUCUUCCAGCACUGCUCCUCAAGGGUUGGGGGCCCUUCUACCUGGCAGCCACCACAUGUCCCAGGGCUACCUUCUUUGGCUGGAUUUGCAUUUGUGGCACUGUGUUUGGAUUUGCAUUUGUGGCACUGUGUUUGAUGCAGUGAUG